UUGACCUGCCUCCACGGUGUGUUUAAAUCGCGGGAUCUGCCCUCGUCUGUUUGCUUGCGGAUCGUUGCCUGGGCCGAGCACUUCAGAGUUUUGGGUGUGCUUCAAAACUCAUCAAACACACCGAUGGAGACCAUCGGCGAGAUCAUCCCGUUCGCUAAGGAGAUGCUAAACCAGAGGCCAAGCCGAGGCAUGCUGAAGGUCUACAUGCUCGGCUCGACCAUGGCGGUGCUGGGAGUUGUCGGUGGACUGGUGGAGACUUAUCUCCUGCCAUUCGCGGAGCAGGAGGCUGCUGAGGAGGCACCGGCGGAGCUGAAUGUGUCGCAUGCCACCUCGGUUGGCCCGGAAGUGGUGGACGUGCUAACCACGGUGGGGAUCGAGGCCAAGGCCAAACAUCUGGUGACUGAUGGGCAGAGGAUGUCUAGGCGCUUACAUGCUUCCUAAAGGAAAGCCUUCUACCCUGGUUUAAAUGGACACGACACAUGCAAUGUUGAUGGUGAUGGUGGUGAAUUAAAACACCACGUUGAACUGGUCCCUUUGUACUCGUUCUUUUAUCUCAGAUUUGGUGAAACGGUCCCAGGUGACAGGCAAAAUAAACUAGUCGAUUUUCUGAAAACUGGAGGGUACAGCAAUGUCUCGCUGCUGGGCAGCAGGUAUCUUUGGAUGUGCAUUGAUGAAUGUGUGGGGGGAAAUGGAAUGUGUGUGAUUUAAUUUUGCACUUUAAUAAAACUAUUUUUCAGCUA